AUGGCGUGGGGUUACUGGUCCGCAUCGUCGGUGCUGCCGGACCGCGGCCGGAGUCCUAGAAGAGCGGGCACAUCCGCUGUACACGUACAUCCGAACCCGCCAACGGCUAGAGAUGUAAUGGAAACGCAUGACGAAAGCAUCUUACACACGGCAUCGACAUCCCGCGAUAGCAGAGACCACUCAGCGUCGCCGCACUCGUCUUCAAACGGAGGUCAUUCGCACCAUCACGAGGUCCGUCACGCUGUGCCCGCUAGCGCUUUGUUCGGCGAAAGCUACGGAGAACUGUCUCGGAGACCUUCCUUAGACUUGGGGUCUGUUCGAAGCGCGUUAGCCUCCUGCUCUGGUGGAGGAACUCUAAGCGCCGGGUCUACUUUGACCCGCGGCGGGACGCUCGCGGACUACCUGCCCCCCACGCCGUGCCCCCAUCACCACAGGGUCUAUGUAGACCACCACAAACACUACGAGCAGCCGAUCCAGCCCGUGCAUGUGGGGGUGCCACACCAUUCGCAUUCCCACUCACACUCGCAUGCGUCGAGUCGGCACCACACCGACGAUGAAGAUGACUUGGAGCCAGCUUAUGCCACAGAAAACUUGCCUCUACCACUGGACUACUGUAUUUGUGGGUACCUCGCCCUAGUUAAAGGUAUUCAGCGAUAG